CGGCCGUGUUGGUGGUUCAGACUCCCAGCGACCGUCGAGCAGUGUGGCAGCGAGCGUUUACUGUGCUGGCGACCGACCGGCUGAAUGUUGGUUCCGAUGCGAUUUGGUUGCGAUCAUACUCACACACCCCGUCGUUACCCCGUACUGCAGUGAGAAGUGAAGGGGAGAAAAAAAAACAGUUUUGUAAAAGAGCGGUAAAAAAUUGGCCAAAACACAACCUCACCGUGUGUUUGUGUGUUUUUGCGUGAGUGUUCCUGCUACGGUGUGCUUGUGUUGGCGCUAAGAAAUGCAACUCAAAACAUAAAGUGCAACCCCCGUCCAGUGUGUGUGCGUGUUUGUGUGUGUGCAUCGCAAGCGUCUUUACUUUGCGCAAGCGACAAAAGGAGAAAGGAGCCGCAGCGGUGCAGUGUGUGUGCCCUAGUGUGUGUGUGUGUGUUGCAGAGUGUUUUGUGCCCAAGAAUUACGGGGAAUGUGCAUGUGCAAUUUCCAUCGAAAACCGCAUCACCUUGCCGCGUAGCGGGAUUCUGCACAAAAGGCCCUUUAAGCUUGUGUUAGUGUGUGUGUGCAUGUGUGUUUUGCAAGUUGGUGAAGGUGUUUUGUGCAUUUGCAUAGUGCAGCAUUAGCUUGCGCGUCGUGUUGCGCCAAGUGCGCGAACAUCCAGGCAGCCACCGGAGCACAAGCCUUGCAGCCCUGUCCAAACCACCCCCGUCCCAUUGCUAUCCGGUUUGGGCCACGAAAGCUACCCUACAUCGUGGCCCGUCUUGGUUCGUGUUUGUAAGAAUUGUGCAAUUGCCACAGCUGAGUGGAGGAGUGGUCUGUACAGGCGGUUUUGUCUGUGGUGGUGGUGAUAGAUUGUUUGUUUAGCUACCACCCAACCCCCCGCGAGCUGUUAUUAUACUGGAGUGUCCACGGUGUGUUCGCUGCAGGGUGAUUUUCCUCAUUUCCUCGCGCGCCAAUCGGUGUGCAAUCAAACACACUUUGCGGCGCUGGGCAGAUUUUUGAAUAGCUAUCGUACUAAGUGCUGUGUUGCUGUGAGGAGGUGUGUUCUACAACCACCCACCCAACCACCCACUGUAAGCGAGCGCGCACACACACAUACACAAAGAGAUCGACGCUCGAUCGUUUCUAAGUCGUGCUAGAAAGCGCCAUUGCGUUGACAUUCUACCUCCGCCAUCAAGUGGUGCCGUGACUGGGAUCCCGCCGUCACACCCCUGCGGACCAGCGAGACGGGAAGAGAGAAGCGGAGGGUCCGUGACUGACUCCGUGCUCGCGAUCGGAAUUUUAAGCUCGGCAGCGUGUGGGGUGGCAGAGCGUGAACGAGCAAAGAAUUUUAAGCAGGUCGAAAAGUUUGGAUGACCAGAUGAUGUAAAAACAACAAACAAACAAUCAACACCGCCCUAUUUCCCCGUCGCAACCCGUAAUAAACGAAGCAUCACACACUGCCACACAGGAUGGCGCUCCGCCUGCGCAAGGAUGUGCAGAAAGCAUCCUACUACGUCUGGUUUCUCGGCGCUCAGGAGGCGAAGGCGCUGCGCGGUACCCGCACCCUGCUGCCGAUGAUACCGCGCAUGGUGGAAAAGUCGAAGGAACAGGAACCGCUGAAGGUUACGCUGCAGGUUUCGCACAAAGGAUUGAAAAUUGUACAGGGCUCGGCCAAACACUUUAUUCCGCACGGGGCGAUCACCUGCUCGGUGCAGACGGAAGACAUUGUCGCCUGCACGCUGCUGCUGUACAAUCCGGCCACCAAGUGUCCGCUGCACGUGCACGCCUACCGCUGCGACUCGGAGCUGACCGCCCAGGCCCUGCACGACCAGCUGCAGGUGCUGAUCAACAGACCGGAAAACCAGAAACGAUUCACCGAACUGGAAGCACGGCUCGGUUUGGCGGCCCAGCUAACCGGUGGCCCGUGCGGUAACGGUGCCGCCGCCGGCCCGGUCCCGAUCGGCGAUGGUGCGCAGGGGCGCAAGCGGAUGCCGCGCCGGUUCGAAUCGCCGCGCCGCUUCCCGGACUCGUCGCACGGCAGCGACACGGGCACGGCCAGCACCCGCGAGUCGGAGUGCUCCGAGGAGCAGCAGCACUCGCCGACAUCCGGCGGGCCAGUGUCACCGCUGAUCAGCCAGUCCAAGCUGUACGAUUCGCUUGCGGCCGAGCUGCGGGAGAAGCUGAGCGGCGGUGUGCCGCUGCUGCUGCCCGCGAAGGACCCGGAGCACAAGAAGGAACCGGUGCACGGUGUCAGCGAUGCUGCGGCACGACGUUUCCGCAACGGAUGUUUGACCGGGUCGAUCACACCGUCGGCGGGCGUCAACCAGAAACACGGCGUAUCGUCCCGCGGAUCGUCCGGGAUCGGGUCCGAUCUGGCCCCCAGCCCGGAACGGCACGAGCCGCAAAGCUCCAGUGAGGACGAGUGGGUAAACGAUCAGGAACCGGCGCUGAAUGGCAGCUCGCUGCAUCAUCAUCCCCAUCAUGCCGGCGGCCGGCCGGUGGACCGCUACCUGGACGAUCAGCCCGUGACACGCAUGAGCAAGUACCGGGAGGCGGCACCGCCGACCACGACCUACCUGUACCCGAACGUGCGCGACGAGCCGGGCCGGUCGCGGCACGGCCGUUCCUCGAGCCGCGAGGAAGAUCGCAGCCUGCAGGGGUCGGUCAACUCGCGCGAGGAGGAGGUGAAACCGAUCAUCACCAACCACACGCCGCGCUACCGCAACGCGUACAAACCGGACGCGCCCGGGUACGGGCUGGAGGAGCGCAAGAAGAAGAUCACCAUCGAGGACGGCAAGUACGGGGACGAGCGGGACGGUGGGCGUAGAGGUGGCCGAUAUCCGCCGGCUCACGAGCGGGAGGAGGAUGAGUUCGAGUACGGCAAACCGGCGCCACCGGAGCAGACGCGCCGCUACUUCGAGGAGGAGUACGAGCCGGAGCGCUACCGGGACAGCUUGACCGAUCGGCAGAAGUACCGCGGCAAGGAGUAUGGUGACCGGCGCGGUCCGAGCUACCCGCCGGCCGAUGGACGCUACGCCGAUGGGCGGGAGGACUAUCGGGACUACUCGCCGGAGCGGCUGCCAGUGUCGGGACGGUCGGGCGGUAGCAAGUACACCGGCGCCCAGGAUCAUUUCGGCGAGCGGCGGGAGGAUUUCAAGGUCGAGCGGGAGGCGUACCAUCGUCGCUCGUCGCCCGUCCACAAGUCCGACCGGAUGCGGUACGACGACCCGACCGACAGCGUGGAACGGCGGCCACUGUACCGGGCGAACGAUCCGCACGACGAACCGGGCGCGUACCGCGAGGAACGGCGAGCCUUCCCGAGCGCCCGCGACCUGGAAGUGCCGAAACGAACCGGCUACAAGCUGGCGGACAAGUACGAGGAACGCUGGCGGCAGGAAAUGGUGACCGGGUACGGGGACGCACCGGAGCAACCGUCCGGCCUGCGAACGCGCUACCAUCGGGAUGACGCGGCCAAACAUGGUCCACAAACGGGCCCGGCACCACCGCAAGCGGACGCGUGGAAGCAGCAGGAACCGCGCAAAAAGUCGGUCGAAAUACGCACCAGCUCGCCCGAGUCGACCAUGCACCGCAUCUCGCCCAAGGACCGGUUCCAGACGGCCAAGGAAAAGUUCCAGCAGAUGGAGCGCGAACGGCACGAGCAGGAGCGGCUCGAGCAGGAGCGGCUGGAGCGGGAGCGGCUGCUGCACAGCAAGCGGGCCGUUGAGCACGUGGCGCCCGUCGCGCGCCGUGGCUCGCUCGAGCCGGCCCGUGACGUCAGCUCGCACGACAGCAAUGGCUGGAGCUCGGACGAGGAGCUGCCACCACCGCGGGGGCAUCCCCGCUCGAACGGUAGCUUAACGAGCGGCACCAACGGCCCGGCCGCGAUCGGUGACCGACCCGGUGGCUAUCGGGAGCUGGCACCGGAAGAGCGAUACCCGGGACUGGACCGGGAGGGCCACGGUGCGGGACGGCGCAUGAUGCCGGCGAAAAGCUUGACCAGCCUGGUAAAGGGCUACCGGCACAGCUAUGCGGAACCGCGGCCGCCGCCAGUUUCGCGCAGCAGCGGCCGCGUUGGGCUGGCCGCCGUUAAUCCGUACUGAGCGCUAGCGCGGCCCGCCAGUACGGACAGUAGAUGUCAGCAAAUACUCCCUAGACCCUAGACGGUUAUGUAGACGGUUAUAAUUGUUUUUUUUUCUUUUUGGUUUUCCAUGUGCCUUAUAGUGUUAACGGUUUUUGAAGCGCAUAUCUUAAACCCACCGGCUGGGAGGCGGGGCGAGCAGUGCCGGCGGUGGACAGUGUACAUUGCAAAGGUUCUAUUACUACAUGUACGAUUCUUUAGAGAUAAUAAAGCCACAUUAUAGCCGA